AGUUGUAGUGCUCGCAUGAUUUGGAGAUCGGUAGACCUGCGCAGGACUGCGCUGCGCACGCUACUGCAGCUCCAGCUCAACAUGGCGGCCUCCACAUUUUGCCCUGUGCUUUUGCCCUUAAGUAGAAUAAACUGCAAACUUAACGGAAUUUACACACUUAUUUCACUUAAUAAAACAGCCGCGUACUCCACAGGACUGUCAGUAAAAAAGACCGGCGCUAAAACAGGUUUGCCACAGAGAGGUGGUAAGGAACUAAGGAGGCAGAUAAAGCAGGUCUUACAACCAAGGACUGAGAGAAUGGCCGUGGACCAGGACUGGACUGCAGUGUACCCCACUGCGGCCUCCUUCAAGGCAGAUGCUGUUCCACUGCCUGUGCGGAUGGGGUACCCUGUUAAAAAAGGGGUGCCUCCUUCAAAGAAGGGCAAUCUGGAACUUUUAAAGAUUCCAAACUUCCUGCAUUUGACUCCAAAUGCUAUCAAGAAACAAUGUGAAGCCCUUAAGCCAUUUUGCACAGAAUGGCCUGCUGCUCUGGAUUCUGAUGAAAAAUGUGAGAAGCAUUUUCCCAUCCAGGUGCAAAAGAAGGACUAUGUAUUUGCUGGACCAUCACUGAGGCAUCCAGAUGCUAGAAUUGUCACACUCACUGUCAAGCUCUCCAGUUUGAAUCUAGAUGAUCAUGCAAGGAAGAAGAUGAUCAAACUAAGUGGAGAGCGUUACAACAAAGACACGGACACACUCACCAUCACCGCUGACAGUUGUCCACUGAAACAGCAGAACCAUGACUACGCAAUGUACAUGCUCACUGUUCUAUACCAUGAAUCCUGGAAAAUUGAGGCAUGGGAGAAAGAAAAGACGCGUGCGGAUAUGGAGGAGUAUGUUUGGGAGGAUAGCCCAUCCCAGAAGAACAUUCUGGAAACCUUGUUGCGCAUUCGUCCACUCAGUGAGCAGCAGGAGGAAGGAGAAGUGCGGGAGGAGUUGCUGGGUCGAGAGGAGGUGCAAGAAUACAAAGACUCUGUAACCAAACUGAAAAACGAGGGUGAGACUGAGGGCAACAUGCAGCAGUACAAAGAGGCGGUGAAGAAACUUCUCAGUAUCUGAAGAACUUUGUGACCUGUCUGAGAGAGAGAGACAGGGUGAAAAUGAGCUGCACUGAAUAUAGAGUGCAGAUCUAAGCUCAGACUUCUUAAUUCAACAGAUAUGGAGAAGCUGAUCUGAAUCAUAACUCAGUCUCAUUUCAACCAGUUAAGAACACCCACCUUUCCCCCUUCCCCCAUAUUUUCAAUGAGUUCACUCUCCUAUGCACUUGCACAGGGUUUCAACAUUGACUAACCAUUAAUACAGAUGUCCUGUCUUUUUUUCUGAACAGUGAAUAUACUUUUUAAAGUGAAGUUGUUGUCUGGAAAAUACAUGGUGGUCUUGUUUAUGUAUUUACAAUAAAUAUAAUAAAAUGUUCGGUGCUCAUAAACCACA